UAAAAUUUAUUCCGUUGUCGUAGAAAUGGAAAACGGUGUAGAGCAAUCGCCGGUACCAAAAGUGGGAGUAGCGGUGUUUGUUAUAAAGGGAAGUAGUAAAGUUCUGUUAGGUAAACGUCUCUCCCCCGUCGGCCAUAGCACCUUUGCACUUCCCGGCGGCCACCUCGAGUUCGGGGAAAGUUUUGAAGAUUGCGCAGCGAGGGAGGUGAAGGAGGAAACAGGGUUAGGAAUUGAUAAAACAGAGUAUCUAACAGUGACCAACAACGUCAUCUCAGAGACAGUGCACAGAGUUUGCAUAUUCAUGAGAGCAGUCCCUGCUGAUGUUAACCAGAAGCCUGAAACACUUGAACCUGAGAAAUGUGCUGGUUGGGAUUGGUAUGAAUGGAACAAUCUCCCUAAACCACUUUUUGGUCCUUUAGAAGAUAUGGUCCAGAGUGGCUUUAAUCCUUUUCCAAUUAUUGCUAGUUAACUGUUUUGCAAAGUAUUUAGGAUUGGAUGCUGCUGCUAAUAACUUGCCUCAUUGUUGUAAUGUAUAUUUCCUUGCUAGUUAAAAACUGAUGCGCUGUUUUUGUAAUGGCAAGUGAUUCUAAGAUGCUACUAUGUUAAUUAUUACUAGUA